AAAAAAUGGCGGCCUAGUGGACAUGUAGUGCACUAGUCCGCUCCUCUCUUCGUGUUGCCCCUUAGUACACUGUGUAGGGGAAAAAGGGCCGUUUGACAUUACGACCACAGUAGAACUCCCAUCGACAUUUUGGGAGUCGGAAUAUAUAAAUAUUCUCACUUUCAGUUGUGUGUGUUUUUGGUGUGUUUAAUAUGGUUCACACGUGUGUGGUUGCAGGAUGUCGGAACAGGAGCACCCCCGGUACUGCUUUAUCCUUCUACAGGUUUCCUCGCGAUCCGGAGAGGAAGCAGCGCUGGAUUGCUGCUGUGAAUCGUAAGGGCUGGGUGCCAAACGAGGGCAGCAGACUCUGCAGUAACCACUUCAUUUCAGGUAAGCAAGUGAAGAAUCCCAGAUCUCCAGACUACGUCCCUUCAGUGUUCUCUUCUGAUGCACUAUCCCAAAACAUUAAAGAAGCCAAUGCAUUUGAGCCAUGUGACAAACAGGAAGCACAAGUUGAGGCUGCAAAUGCUUUACUUUUCCUACAAGGUCAGGGACAUUUAAUUAAAGGCCAUCAGUGUGAAGGUGAGCCUAAAAGCACUUCAUCCUGUCUGAACAGUGAUGAUGAAAGGAAAGAUGAAGUGAUGGAAAAAAUCGUUUUAGGAUGUCAAAACGAGAGCAAACAAGAAGAGGCAACAAGAAUCUGUUUCACAAAAUCUGUUGUUUAUGAGGCCAAAGUAAAUGCGCUCAGAAAAGAGAACAUGAAACUGAAGGAGUCCAUAGAGAAGAUGUCUCUCAAUGAAGCAUCUUUUAAGAACGAUCCAGAAAAGGUUCAGUUCUACACAGGAUUACCAAAUUAUUUUGUCUUCGAAACAGUCAUGUGGCUUCUUGUGCCGCAUAUGAAAGGGGACAAAAAUGCCAAGCUUUCAGUGUUCCAGCAAUUACUUUUGACUUUAAUGAGACUCAGACUUGAUCUUAGGAAUCAGGACUUGGCUUACCGUUUUGGAGUUAAAGUCCCCACAGUAACCAGGACUGUUCAUCGAAUCAUCGACAUAAUGUUCACCACGCUGGUACCCACUGCUAUAUUCUGGCCGUCUAGAGUGGAACUCCGGAAAAACUUGCCAGAAGUGGUGAAGUGUGCACAUCCAGACUGCGCUGUGAUUAUAGACUGCUUUACAGUAUCCCUUGAAAAAGCAGUCAGUAUUGAUACGCAUUAUCAUGGCUCAGGAGCAACUGGUUUUAGCAGUGAGCUCAAAUACGUGAUUGGUGUUGCCCCACAGGGGGCGGUCAUGUUUGUCUCCAGAGGAGCACCUGGUAACAUUAGCGAUAAGACCUUGGUCGAGAGCUGUGGUCUCCUUCAUAAGCUCCUGCCUGGAGAUGUGGUUCUGGCUGAACAUGAUUUUGGCAUUAAGGACUUGGUGGGAGCUCACAGAGCUGAUAUCCUGAUUCCCCGUAGUGAACUUCAUGAAACUGAACAGAGUAAUCUUGACACAAUAGAUGAACCUUCACUGGCUGCCUCGCAAAGAGUUAAUGUGCAUAAGCAUGUGGAGCGGAUAAUACAAAUGGUGAAAAGGAGAUAUUCUAUGCUGGCUGGACCAGUGGAGAAUGCUUUUACAGUUAUAGAUCGUAGCACCAGCGUGAACACUUUUGACAAGAUGGUACAGGUUGCAUGUGCCUUAAAUAACCUGUGUAUUUCUGCUGUUCCUCAUGAAUGACUUGCAUCGUAGAAUAUAUUAAGCAUCAGGAGGAUACACAAUGUUUCUCAAAGGAUCACAAUUGAUAGACUUUAUAUGCGUAUGGAAACACAUUGUAGCCAUUCAGUUGUUUCAGUUCAUGUAGAGCCUCUAGUUUUAUCAUCAAGACUGCACACUGCAUGUAAACCCUAGCUUGUCAGCUAUCCAAACAACUAUCUGUGAACUAUCUAUGAACCUUUAGCAGCUGGCACAUGCAUCACAGUUAAAAUAUGUAUUCUCUAGAGCUUCUGACAACAAUGUGCUGAGCACCUGAUAUUCAAACCAGCCACUGAAUAUGUUAGCAAUUAUUUAUUAUUUAUUUGUGAAAUAAAUGCAACUAGUACAUAGCA